CUUUGCUGCUAAGGGGAUCAUCUUCCUUCGCUUUCCUCGUCGAUCCAUGACGACAUGAGCCACUUUUAGAUUCACCUUGAGCAGGGUCAAGGUCUUGGGUGAACUGCUGGCACCAUCAUUGCAUGCUGAUCAACAUCCUGAUCCGUUCACGAGCUGAAGGGAAAUAGGAGGGAAGGAAGCGACACCAAUUACCAGGCGUCCAGAGAUAAAGUUCUUUGCGCCAAAGGUUAAGGAGUUCAAGAAAGAAGUGCUGAGCGUUGUAGCACCAACCUUACAAAUAUCCUGUGUUUCAUUUCUACGUUGCAAAAGCGUGUGUUUUGGGCCGCCCACGGUUGCGCAUGCUGAGAUUGUUAUAACAGGUGUGUUGAGUUAGAACGCCAGCUAGCCACACUAUAGCUAGCUGAUUGGGUUGGAAACAGUUCAAUUUCCCAAGACACAGGACUGCCGUUGCUGCAUGCAUGGCGAACGAGGCGUCACUGGAGCCAGUGUCAUAUGGCCUAGUGGAUGAGAUUGCGUCAAAUGUCGUUGCGCUCAACAAACAUCCUGAGACGGCCUCUGAACCCCUGAGGAGCAGUGACAGAUACAAGAUUGUGCAUUUUGUGAGACAUGGCGAGGGGUACCACAACAUCGGGUUUGAGUCGUUGGACGACACGCACCUGACCCCUGCCGGGUGGGAGCAAGGCGCGAAACUGCAGCAACACAUCAACAAGCUCAGCAGACCCCUCGACCUGCAGGCGGUAUUUGUGUCCCCCUUGACCCGUACACUCGAGACCGCGUGCGCCGUGUUUGGCGGCCCCGCCGCAACAGAUGGCGACCCUGUCUUGAUGCAAGAGUCGGUGCCCAUCGAUCAUGAGCGGACGCACCACCUGGCCAUCGCCAAGCGCCCCGGGGUGCCGUUCAUCGCACACGAGGGGUGCCGGGAACGGAUGAGUAUGAACCGGUGCGACCGGCGGCGGAACCUCUCCGACACCUCCAAGACCUUUCCGGGCGUCGACUUCUCGCGGGUGACCAGCGAUGAUGACGUGGCAUGGGAGGCCAGCAAGGUCAAAACGCUCGCGGCCAACGAGUUCGGCAGCAAGUAUCUGCUGGGAGAAAAGGAGGCGGACGUCGCGAAGAGGGGGCUCGAGUUCAUGAACUGGGUCAUGGAACGGCCUGAGCAGUAUGUGGCUGUCGUGUCCCACCGUGAGUGGCUCAAGUUCACGCUGCGCGCGCUCACCGAGGGCGCGCCCCCCGAGAUGGUGAAGGAGCUGACCCGCGGCUUCCGCAACGCCGAGAUGCGCUCCGUCGUCUUAAACGCCCGCGGCCGCCCGGUGGACGUCCUACGGGGGACGCACUUCCCGGGAGAGUAUCCUCGACACUACCUGUUCGCCGUCAACUGGACGAAGCGCGCCAUGAACGGGGUUGCCAGCAACGUUGUCAGAAGACUGGGCCGGUCGUGAUGAUCCGAUCGGUUGUUCAUCAGCUGACAGAUGUUGGGUCAUUUACGUUGCACGCGGAUUUUGCACGCACUGUGACAAUGUAGGUACUGCUCAGAGUCACCUUUUCGGUGCAACUUGCUUGCUUUCCGCUUCUUUCGAGAUUCUACUCAUGGUUAGCAUAGUUAGGUCAGUUUCAGCACGUACGCGUUUUGUGAUAAAUGUCUAGAGUGUAUAAGAUUAGAGUGCGAUAUACGGAUCAGAGCGUUGCAAAACCGGUCACACUGUACAGUAACAAGGGUUGUUCAGAUAGGAUAUUGAAUUCCUUCAAAGGUGCACAAACGUAAGCACAUCGGGCAACGCUUUGUGUCAUUAAAAACGAGCUAGAAUGUUGCAAUACGACCUUGGCAGCAUCCACUGAAUAACCUUAGCAAACGAUCACGGCCCUUUCAGAACUGGAUUGCGCAAAAUCACGUACAGUCAAUGAAGACGAGAACAGCGGUAAGGACGUGUUGAUGAAUCAUCGCCAGCAGAAG